AUGGGUGGCGAUCUCAACCUCAAGAAAUCAUGGCACCCGUCGCUCAUGACCAACCAGAAGAAAGUCUGGGAGGAGGAAAACAAAGCGCUGGAAGAGCGCAAGAAGAUCGAACAGAUUAGGAAAGAGAGGGCCGAGGAAAGACAAAUCCAAGAACUCGAAGAGCUACAAGAAGCAGCUGGUGGGAAAAAGAGACAGACUCGCGUCGACUGGAUGUAUUCGGGUCCAUCUGAUGGGCAAGCCGGCACGACUGAGGAGAUGGAAGGCUAUCUCCUAGGUAAAAGGCGGAUAGAUGGCCUCUUGAAGGGCACUGAGAAUCAAAAGUUGGAGAAGUCGGCCAAGGAGGACUCUUUCAUGGCUGUGCAAAAUGUGAACACUGCUAGGGAUAUGGCUGCUAAGAUUCGAGAGGAUCCGAUGCUCGCAAUCAAAAAGCAGGAGCAGGCGGCCUAUGAGGCCAUGAUGAACGAUCCGGUCAAGCGGCGAAUGUUGCUAAAGGCAGCCGGGAAAGACGACCACGAGAGUGAGCGUGAGCGGGAGCGGAAACGCAGGAAGCACCACCACCACCACCAUCACCGACACCGCGACGAUCGUGAUCGUGGCAGGCAUGAAAAGUCUCGUUCUUAUCGUGACACAGAUGACGAGGAUCGCAAUGGGCGAAGCCGGCACCGGCGGCGGAGAUCAUACACCCCCUCACAGUCUCGAUCACGCUCACGUUCUCUGCCUUCACCCCCUCGACGUGAUGCGCAGUCUAGAUCGCGCUCCCCUUACCGACGACAUCUCUCGCCUGCUAUAGAUGACAGGCGGAGGCCGCGGUCGCGGUCGCGGUCGCGGUCACCGUCCUCCCCUCCACGAAAUGGACACGGCGAUCGAGUCCGGAAGACUCAGAGCUGGCACUCAUCAAGGCCGGAGCGGCCACGUUCUCGAAGCCCACGUCGUAACCAAACGAACGCAGAUACAGAUGCUGCUGCCAAAGCGGCGAAACUAGCAGCCAUGCAGCAAGACGCCACAGAGCUUGAUAGGCAACGAGAGCAGAGGCUAGCGGAAAUUGCAGAACGGGAGAAUGCUGAGAGAGUGCGAGACGCUGCUGCUCGAGCACGGAAUUCUAAAUACGGUGGGCGAGCAGAUUUUGUCAACAAUUUUCACAAGAAGGCUGGUGCUAUGAGCCUGAGUCAACGCAUGGGCAGAAAUGGGAUUUCACAGAGAGAAGACGAGGAAUGA